GGGUGGGGGAUUGUGGUGAUGGGAGGGCUCUGUUUGUGGGGAACACUUGUGGGGUUUUGUUCUGUGGGGAUUAUGUCAUGAUGGAGGCCCUAUGGGGUCGAGUUGGGGGGGGAGGGGAUACCUGUGGGAUGUUUCUCUGGGGAGAUUCUGUGUAAGGGGGAUAUCUAUGGGACUCGGUGUGGGAUGUGUCUUCGGGGGGGCUCUGUAUCAUGGGGGUGUGCCUGGGGCUCUGUUAGGGUGAGGAUCUAUGUUUGGAGGGAAAUGGGGGGCUGUGGUGAUAGGACUCUCUCAGGGAUGCUUCUUUGGGGCUGUGGCUUCUGGGGGAGGGGGACAGCUGUGAGACUGUUUUUGGGGGGUGGGGUUGUGUUUGGGAUACGUCUGGGAGGCUGUGCUUAUAAGAGGGUACUUUGUCUUGGGGGUGGGAGCUAAAUGGACACAGUUGGGUUUGGUGGGGCCAUGUUAUGGAAGUGGAUUUACUUUGGGGGUGAUGACACCUGUGGAGCUAUGUUUAGGGGUCGUCUAGGGGGGCUAUGGCAUUGAAUAGGGGCUGUCAGAUGGGGGGAGCAGGAGGGCUGUGCCUGCUUUAUGGGGAAGACACAAUGAAUUUGUGUGGCUGUGGGGGAGGGUGUCUCUUUUGGAGCCAUCUCUCUAUGGGCUCUUUUUGGAGCAGAGGGAAGCACGGGGCUGCCUCUUUCCAGAGAGCUACCUAGAGGAGAGGGGACAUAUGUGGGGCCAUGCCCUUUGGGUAUAUGCAGAGGCAAUGCUGUGUGCUAUGGGGACUGUGAUGCAUUCUGGGGGGUGUGAAACCGCUUCUCCCCCACCAGCCCCCACUUCUAGGCCCAGCCCCAAUUCAGCCACAGCAGGAAGCUGCGCCACAGGGAAACCGAAAGCACCAUAACUCCCCCUCCACCCCCCUCUGUGUGUAUGUGUGUGUGCACGUGCCCCCCCCUGCAGGCAGACAAGCGAGCCCACCACAAUGCACUGGAGCGCAAACGGCGGGACCACAUCAAGGACAGUUUCCACAGCCUGCGUGACUCCGUGCCCUCCCUGCAGGGCGAGAAGCCACAGGCAUCCCGGGCCCAAAUCCUGGACAAAGCCACAGAGUACAUCCAGUACAUGCGCCGGAAAAACCACACGCACCAGCAGGACAUCGAUGACCUCAAGCGGCAGAACGCACUGCUGGAGCAGCAAGUGCGAGCCCUGGAGAAGGCACGCUCGAGUGCCCAGCUGCAAGCCAACUACCCGGCAGCGGACAGCAGCCUCUACACCAACCCCAAGGGCAGCGCCAUCUCCGCUUUUGACGGCGGCUCUGACUCCAGCUCUGACUCAGAGCCUGAUGAGCCACAGAGCAGGAAGAAGCUGCGCAUGGAGGCCAGCUAGGCCUCCCCACACCUGUCCCCUGGCCCCCUAAGGACUCACCCUUGUCUCCUCAAGGCUCCAGGGCUGCACCCUUGCAGUCCCCCAUGCCGGAAUCCGGGGGGGGCCUGGGGGACCCCGACUGCGUGGAGAUGCCCCCAACCAUCCCCCCUUUCCCCCUCCCCCCAGCCGCUAGCGAGCCUCUUUCUGCGCCCACUCUCCCCCUUCAAUUUUAUAUGAGCAUUUCUAUUUAUACCCAGGGACCACUGCAGCCCUGAGCUGAGCACGAGGCUGUGCAGGAGGCGGGCAUCCCCCCCAGCCCCCAUUGCCCACCUGUGGGCACCCCAAGGGGGUGAGCACGGGGGGGUUCUCGCUAUUUAUUUCCUGCGUGUGCAAGGCACCCCCCUGCCCUCCAUGGCAUGGAGCUGCAGGGCUCGGGCUGGGUGGUCUGCGUGUGCAUCCUGCCCUAUGUCCCACUCCUCCAACACACAAACACCAGAAGCCCCCUCCCCACAUUUGUGGCAUUUCCCCACCUCUCCUCUCCCUGUAGGUGACCCCAUUUUAACGCCAUUCAUUCCAUGGAUCUAAAGUAUGUUGUACAUACUGCUCAGAGUUGUCUUGCAAGUUAAGGCUUCCCUUUACUAUAAGACUUAUAAAUAAUAAAAAGGAAAAAACCCAAAACUUA